GAAAGUGAAAUAUCUUGAGUUAUUUGUUGCUUUAAAAGCUGUCAGAUCCCAGAGAGACGUUCUAGGCUCUAUGACAAUGGAGGAGGAUAUGAAGGUAAUGGAAGUUCGCGCAAGGACCUUAUGCAUCCUGAACGAUGUCCUGAAGAAGAAGGAACGGCUGUUGGUGGAGACAGGAGUGAAAUAUGAGUACAUUGAAGGAUUUGAAGACUGUACAAAUAUCUGCACAGAGCUGGUAGAAAAUAUAAUAGCUACUCUGCAGAAUGCUACACUUUUGAAAGACGAUAGCUCAGAGAAUGGCGAUGCCAUUGCCAAUGUAUAUCUUGGUCUAGAUAAUAUUGUUAUUAGCUUAUGCCAAGCAUUUUGGGGAAAAAAGGAGGACCUGAGAUUCUCAUCAUGCCCCGGAGCAUUAAUCCUAAUGGCUGCUAAUAUUUUGAAGUAUUGUACUUCUGGCACCCUUUGGAAGGAGGACAGAAUUUCAGAACCCAUGCUGCAUCCUGCAACAUUUGAUGACAUCUCUGCCACAUUUGAAGUUUGGAUGAACCACAAAGGAGACUAUUUAGAUGGUUCUUACAGCUGCUGUGGGGAGAAAACUAGGGACUCUGUGUGUGAGGAAUCUGAGAUGAGAUUUUCUUUUCUGCCCCGUAUGAGUGAAGAUCAGAAGAGGUUGGCAGAACAGACAAAACAGAUAACUGUGAAUAUUCUUCUUGACGCACAGAGGAAACGUCUUCUGGCAGAAAGGCCAGAUAUCUCGGAUGCAAUGCAAUCCAUUGUGGGCUUCCCUGUGAUCACUAGUGAACUAGUAACAAAGCUCACCAGAAAACUCCAAUGUAUGGCUUUAAAAAUUGACAGCAGACCCAGAGAAAAGUCAAUGUUUGCUUACACCCAUACCAAAUCACCUAAUGUCAUUUAUUUGUAUCCACUCUUCUGGAAAGAAAAGGAAUACCUAGGCCGGGGUUCUCGCCCUGGUACAAUAAUCCUCCAGGUUGCAAACACACUGGGCUAUAGACAUAUUCUUAACAGCGCCACUUUGCGUCAACCAGAGCAAACAAAACAACACCAAAUGGAUUCACUGACUGCUGAUGACAUUUGUGCGGCAUUUGAAGUAUAUAUGAAUCACUCAAAGGAAUAUUCCGAUGGAUCCUACUCCUGCUGUGGGGAGACAGCCCAGGAUUCUGUGUGUGAAAAGUCUAUCAUGCAUUCAGGUUUACUGGAAUAUGAACUGUUUUUACAAUAACCUGUUUACUGCUGUAAGUUAGAAAUGAUGUUCUCCUUUUACUCAUGCAAUUCUGCCAAAUAUCUUGUGUCCCAGCUUUUCAGCGUAGUGGCUGCUUUCCACCAGGGGUAUAACACUUAAUCACCAGGUCUCAGCAAAGUUUACAUUAUGAGGGGGGAGCAGGGGCGCAAUUUGGGCUUACAGUACUCUUAAUGGAAGUUCAGUCUCGGGAGUGCAUGGACCAACACAUACACACAUUAACCCACAGCUUGCAAUUAAUCAUCAAAUGGGUAAAGAAAAAAUGUAUGUAUAUAUGUCCAUGGGCGGAUUGGGAACAAAAAGCGGCCCUGGAAAAAUUUGUACUAGUGGCCCCACAUGGGCAGCACCAGAGGUGUAAGGGGCCCUACACACUGGCCGACCCGCCGCCGAGCUGCCCGACGGCGGAUACGGCCGACGAGCGACCCGGCGGCGGGGGAGGCAGUGACGGGGGGAGUGAAGUUUCUUCACUCCCCCCGUCACGCGGCUGCAUUGAAGUGCAGGCAAAUAUGGACGAGAUCGUCCAUAUUGGCCUGCAUGCACAGCUGACGGGUGACCAGCGAUGAACGAGCGCGGGGCCGCGCAUCGUUCAUCGCUGGAGUCUCCACACUGAAAGAUAUGAACGAGUUCUCGUUCAUUUAUGAACGAGAUCGUUCAUAUCUUUCAGAAAAUCGGCCAGUGUGUAGGGCCUAUAAGGUCUAGCCAUGGGCCAUGGCAGCAGCACCCUCCCCCCAAGACUUUCCAGAUAGUGGGCAUGUCCAGCAUCAAGGGGGAAAUUAAAAAGAAAUAAAAUUAAAUAUUAUGAGCACAUUAUAUGAUACACCUUCAGAAUUUAGGAAACUAUAUCAUUCUUUAGAAAGAUAUAUUUUCUUGCUUAUUACACCAACCGUAUCCCAAUCACUAUUCACUCAAUCUUAUAUGUCAGCCAAGCAGGCAGACAGAGCAUACACUAGAUCAUCUGCAAUCACAGGCUAAGUGGCAAAGUCAUUUUCAUAUAUGCAAAUUAUUUUGCAUCUUAUUCAUUAUGUCUAUAAAAAGGACCCCAUGUCCUCAAACAAAACAGGCCCCGCGGGUGCGUCGGCCCACCGGGAAUCUUCCCUGUGAACCCUAUGGCCAAUCCGCCUCUGUAUAUGUGUCUCUCUCUCUCUCUCUCUCUCUCUCUCUCUCUCUCUAUAUAUAUAUAUAUAGAGAGAGAGAGAGAUCUAUCUGUCUGUCUGUCUGUCUGUCAGUCAUAUAUAUAUAUAUAUAUAUAUAUAUAUAUAUAUGUGUGUGUAAAGAGAGUGAUUUUCUGCUUCUGCUAUAGCCAUGAGCCUACAAAAGCUUACAUGGCAGAUACAGACCCUAGUGCAGGAUAUGUCUAACAUUUAUAACGUAAGUACCAACUUAUUAAAAAAAAAAAAAAAUUAUGUUAUUAUAAGCACUUUUCAGGAUCCGUUCAAACCAUGCUCAGAUUCAGAUAACCACACCCUCUUUUGAAUAAGACCACACCCUUUCGGGAGUCAAAGAAUCUGUUAAAUCGUAUAAAAAUGAGGUCUAUACUUCAACAGCCAAAUAGCCGACGACCUCAGACAUGAAAUUCUUUCCAAGGUGGUCCACCCUAGAAAAUCCCUUGGUAAUCUUCUAAAGAUGUAAGGACGUCCAGCAUUUUUACUGACCCAUGCUAUGAUGUUGCUUCAGGAUUAGCACAGAACUAAACGUAAAAGUGGCAUGUAUAUUAAAAGUGGGGUCUAUCAAAUGGCACAAAUUCAUCACUGAUGUAGAAGAGGCAGAGUCAUUGUUGAGGGAUUCAUCUUCAUCCUUUUCAGUCAUUGUUUUAUAUGUUGCAUGUUUCUGUUCAUGGUCUUACUGCUUUAUAUGUUUUGUUCCCUAUUCAUUAUAUACGACUAUUGUUCUGUAUCAUACUCUGUGACAACAUUUGCAUAUGUAAGUUAUGCACCUUCCCCUUCUUUCCCCUUCCUUUUUUGUACCUUCCCUUCCUCCUGCACCUUCCCUUUUUUUUUCCAGAUAAAUCUUUUGAAAAUAUUCAAUAAAAACUGUUGAUAAAAAAAA